AUGGGUAUCUUCAGGGAUCACUGGCACAAGCGUAGUAAAACCGGAGGGAAAAGAAAGCCCUGCCAUAAGAAAAGAAAGUAUGAACUGGGUCGCCCUCCUGCCAACUCAAAGCGCGUGAGAGGAGACAAAAAAAAAAACACCGCGCUCAGACACUACACAGCGAAAUUUGCCUGGGGCUUUGAAUGUUGCACUCGCAAAACCAGGAUCAUUGACGUUGUGUACAAUGCCUCCAACAAUGAGCUUGUGAGAACCAAGACCCUGGUGAAGAACUGCAUUGUUCUGGUGGACAGCACACCGUUCAGGCAGUGGUAUGAAGCACAAUACGUCAUUCCACUGGGCCGUAAGAAAGGGGCAAAGCUGACUCCAGAGGAGGAGGAGAUCUUGAACAAGAAACGGUCAAAGAAGGUUCAGAAGAAGAUUAAUGGACGCAGGAAGAAGAGCAAGAUUAGCAGUUUGCUGGAGGAGCAGUUCUUGCAGGGCAAGCUUCUUGCCUGUAUUGCAUCCAGUCCUGGCCAGUGCGGCAGAGCAGACGGAUACAUCUUGGAAGGGAAAGAGCUGGAGUUCUACCUCCGGAAGAUCAGAGCAAAGAAAGGCAAAUAGACUUAACCCCUUUGCUAUCACACCCCACAGUUUAUCUCACAUAAGCUCCUUUCACACUGUGAUUCCGGAAAAUACACAGGUAAUGUGUCCCAGCAAUUCUUCCCGGGUCGUUAGAUUUUGCACUUUCACACUGUGAUCACACCAGUGAUUACCCGGAAUAUGUUCGUGCGUUCAUACACAACCCGUAAAGGUCCCAUGAAGACACGUGAUAUCAGGGUGGGACGUGUAAUAUACGAGUCGAAACCGCUAGGCACGUUAACUUUCACUUAAGCUGGUGAACGAUCUCAGCUUCAACGCAGAUUAGUGAGGAACUAACUGAUCUCUGCUUCAUUACAGUUUGCACAUAUUUGUUUCAUCGCGAACGUUAAUCUGCCUUCAAAACAUGCUAAAAGAGUCACGCGAAAACGUGCGUCAUCACUACGACAUGGCAUUAGUUCUGGCUUUUGUUCACAAAGCACUCAUUCCGGGACUGAACCCGGCAAUGUUACUAGGUCCCCGACCCGGAAUCAAUCCCGGUACGUGUUUGCAUUCACACAGAAGGCGACCCGGCAAUGUUCCGGCAAUUUUCCGGGUCGAACGUGCACUGUGAAAUAG